AUGAACAAAUCUCAAAACACAAUCCCCCACUUAUUCAGAUGCCCCAUCAGUUUAGACUUGUUGGAAGAUCCUGUUACUUUAUGCACAGGCCAAACCUAUGACAGAUCAAACAUAGAAAAAUGGUUGGCCGCAGGUAACCUCACAUGCCCUGUCACAAUGCAGAAGCUUCAUGAUCCAACCAUUGUUCCCAAUAACACUCUUCGCCACUUGAUCAAUCAGUGGCUUCAACUUGGUCCUCAAUUUGACCCUUGUGACUCUGCAGCCGCAACUGUUGAUUCUCUAGCUUCUAUCAAACUCACCCUUGAAUCUCAUGAGACCACCUUAGGAAACAAGCUCCAAGCACUUGAAAAAAUCAUUCUCUUAUCUGAUGAGUAUUGUUCUUUUAAGAAAUCAUGCUUCCUACAAUUGGAUUUCUUACCACUGCUUUUGGAACUAGUUUUUGGAAGAGCAGAAACUCACAUGAACUUCAUAGAGCUAGCACUUCGCUGCAUUCUAAAAUUGUUGCCUCUUGGUAGUUUCGAGCCUCUAAAUAUGAUCAAAGAUGAGUCUAAAUUAGCCACAUUCCUGUUAUUAUUUGAAAAGGGCACUAGCUCGGUUAAGACUAGUUUGUGCCAUUUUAUAGAAUCAGCAUCAUCAUCAUCUCAAACAGAAGAACUAUGUUCUAUUCUUGGAAACUCUCACGAAAUAGUGCAUGAGAUUGUUCAAAUUGUUAGCCAAAAUUGCGAGAUUUCUGAGGAUGCAAUUAAGGGCAUAUCAGCGCUAUGUUCAUUGCAGUCUAACAGAGAGAGUCUAGUGAGAGGAGGAGCAAUAAACGGGAUCAUAAAAUACAUUUCAUCGUGUUGUGAAAGAAGAAACUUAGCACCACUUGGUAUGAGAAUAGUAGAGAAACUUGUGGAGUUGGAAAGUGCUAGAGAAGCAUUGGUGAAUCAUCCAAAAGGUAUUGAAACUUUGGUGAAUAUGGUUUUCAGGGUAUCUGAUCAAGAGUGUAGUGAGAGUGCUGUUGAGGUACUUUUAACUGUUUGUGGUGAUCUUGGGCGUGCAAGAGAGGAAGCCAUUGGGGCUGGAAUUUUGACUCAGUUGCUAUUGCUUUUGCAGAGUCAGUGUAAUAACACAACAAAAUCAAAGGCAAGAAUGCUGCUCAAACUGCUAAGAUCCAAGUGGACUGAGGACCCAAAGCAGAGUUAG